CUGACCCCGCUGAUGGCUGGUUUUCUGUCCUCUCCCAGGUGCUGAUCAUCGGUGGCGGCGACGGGGGAGUGCUGCGAGAGGUGGUGAAACACCCGACCGUGGAGUCCGUGGUGCAGUGCGAGAUCGAUGAGGAUGUGAUCCAGGUAUCUAAGAAAUACCUCCCAGGGAUGGCAGUGGGGUAUUCCAGCGCUAAGCUGACCUUGCACGUGGGAGAUGGGUUUGAAUUCAUGAAACAAAAUCAAGAAGCCUUUGAUGUGAUUAUCACAGACUCGUCUGACCCCAUGGGUCCUGCGGAAAGCUUAUUCAAAGAAUCUUACUACCAGCUGAUGAAGACAGCCCUGCGAGAAGAUGGGAUUCUUUGCUGCCAAGGUGAGUGCCAGUGGCUGCACCUGGAUCUCAUUAAGGAGAUGCGUCAGUUCUGCAAGUCUCUGUUCCCUGUUGUGGAAUACGCCUAUUGCACCAUCCCCACAUAUCCCAGCGGGCAGAUUGGCUUCAUGCUCUGCAGCAAGAACCCGAACACAAAUUUCCGGGAGCCGGUGCAACAGCUCUCACAGCAACAAGUAGAAGAGAGGAGUCUGAAAUACUACAACUCUGACAUUCAUCGGGCAGCUUUCAUUCUGCCAGAGUUUGCACGGAAGGCCCUGAGUGAUGUGUGAGACAGAGAAGCUGCUUCCUUCCUUCAAGUUGGACCCUGAGAUCAUCAGUGAUGUGGUGGGGACCUUCCCAGCAGACUGCAGAUUUGCUCUCCACUGUGUGGGAUUGUUUAACCCUUUGCCAGCCAACAUUCCCUUUGAUGAUGUGUUAAAGAUGAUGGGGCAUAAGCCAGAUCAGACUGUUGAAAAGGUCCAGUGACUUAUUGCGUGAGGUCAAAACUGUUCUUUCCAGUGCUGGAAACGUAAGAUGUCUUUUUCCUUUCUCUCCUCCCUGCACCCAUUCUAAAUUCUCUCCUCCCUGUGCCCCCCUUCGACCUCCACUCCCUGCGACUGACAUGGUAUAUUUAUAACUGACACGUAUUUCUGUCUGGUGAUCUUCCGAAAUCUGGGAAGAGUCCAGAAGGGUCGCUGACUCAGCCUUAAGCACAGAGAGCGAGAGCUUCGUGCGCAAAGUUAGCUCGCUCUCUCCUAAUCGGAGCUCCCUGCUGCUGAGACGUUUUGACUGGUAACGGGUCUGAGCCCUC